AUGGCACCUCCUCCUCCAGCCACCGCACCGUUGACUGAACGUCUAACAAGACUAGCUACCACCCUUCAAUUUGCGUGGUUCCUAGGACACUUCACCCUCCUCCUCUCCGUCUUCCGAUAUGGCCUCUCCUACUUCACCUUUCACUAUAACUCCAAAUGGGCAGCUUUCACCUACAGACUGGCCUUUGUUUCGGCUGUCGCAACCUACGGCAUCGUCGUAUUCAAAGCUUAUCGUGCCCGUGUAAGACCAGGUGCAAACCCUGGCUCUGUCGCUCUCCUCUUGCUCUCUGAUGAGAAUGUGCAAUACUUGCUCAUCAGCUUGGUCUGGCUUUACUCGAGACAGGUGCCAUUGGCGCUGUUGCCAUUCACCGUCUAUUCAGUGUUCCACGUUGCAACCUACACUCGCACCAACAUUAUUCCCACAAUCUCCCCUCCCCAGACUGCACCAGGCAGCACACCCGCCUCGCCUGGAGGUGCCAAAUCACAGUCUCCGUUGGCCAACUCCAUCGGCAGAUUUGUCAAGGAAUACUAUGACACCUCAAUGAUGUUGGUUGCUGGAUUGGAAAUUGCUCUCUGGUUCCGUCUCUUGCUCUCAGCCGUGACCUUUAGCAAGGGUUCGUGGGUGCUGUUGGGCAUUUACACCGUCUUCUUGAGAGCAAGAUUCCACCAGAGCCAAUUUGUCCAAGGUGCCUUCACUCAAGGAUCUGCCCACGUCGAUCAACAAGUGCAAAACCCCAACGUGCCACCUGCCGUUCGACAAGGCUGGGACACUGUGAAGGGGCUCGGCCGCCAGACUGUUGAUGCCACCGAUGUUCGCAAGUACAUGGGUGGUGGCCAGACCGCUCAAAAGAAGCCCCAGUAA